GGAUUUGCCUGCCAAUUCGUUGUGGAGAGAAGAAGAAUACAGAAUAUACUGUAUAGGAGAAGAAAGGACACAUAAGAGAGGACACUGGAUGUGGAGGAGAGAUGCUGAGGAGGGAGAGAGAGAGGAGACACUAAGACUGAGACUGAACGAGGAGACACACUAAAGUGGAAAACACUGAAACAGUAUGGAUGUCAGAUGCAGGGCUUGUGUUGUUGUCAUCUUCAUCCUCCUUUUGCUUGGCUCGUUGUGCCUACACCGCAUUCUAGAGCACCAUUCUGAAGUUUACAGUGUGAAAAUCAAGGUUGUGUCUUUGGUAAUAGACAACACUUCAGAUGCUCCACUGAGCGUUUGUCCUGAUCAGAGUUUUCAGAUUGCUUAUUUGCUGGCUCACCUGCAAGCAGCGCCCCUCGCAGCCAAUGAUGUUCUGCUGAAGCCAUACUUGGCAAGCUGGGACGAGCUCAUUAAGUUUUUAGAAGCCUUGGGGCCAAUAGUGGGUAUCAUUUCACAAGAAAUUGAGUCAAAAACCACCAUAAUCCGUGACCUGGCACAAAAAGCGGAAGAGGAAGAGAAGAAAAUGAAUGAAAGAAAAGAGACAACUAAGCAAUUAGCUCAGAGCAAAUCCUCAAACUACAGUAAAAUGGACCAGACUCUGUCAUCAGGUUACACUUCUGUUCGGUCUAUGAUUAAAAUGGAGCUGGAGAACGGAUUGGUGGAUUUCCAGACACAGACGAACUCUGGCUGCAGGACUCUGCUGCGUCUGCACCGCGCUCUGCUCUGGCUGCAGAACUUCCUGCAUGAACUGGGGAAAGAUGUGGCUAAAGGAGAGCGUCUACGAAGGCCUUCUGACCUCUGCAAAGAGACUUACCAGCGCACACUGGCUCGCCAUCACUCCUGGUGGGCCAGGAAAGCUGCAGAGCUGGCCUUUCUCGCUAUGCCUGAGCGAUCUUAUUUCUACAAGUUGGUUUGUGUGAAAACACAGGUAGAGGCGUCUGUGGUGCUGAACAGGGUUGUGAAAGCAAUAGAGAAGGUGUAUAAGAGAAAUGAAGUAGCUCUACAGGAACACAACAUGCUGGAUCUGCCUUGAACACGAACUGAAAAAUAAGAGCAAGACCAGCUUAAAGAAAUGCCAUCUAAAAUACAAGAUUAGAACUUUGGCUUAUGUUAUCCACCUUAUUGAUAUACUUGAAGAAAGGUCAGGAAUUACUAUCCACCAAAUUAUUCACAACUGGAAAUAUUUGACUUUUUUAUUCUUUAUAUGCAAAUUAAAGGUUAUAGUGUCACUGAUAGUUCCACAAGGAACCUUCAACAUCCCUGGAACCUUUUUAUUGCACAGAAUGUUCUUUAUAGUUGAAAACAUUCUUAAAAUGAUUAAAUUGCUCUUCACGUUUC